AUGCAACGGCACGAGCCCGGAAGGAGCCUUAGCUGGCCGUCGCACCUCAACGGUGCUAGUGCCCACCGUCCAAGCACAUACAGAUGUCUCAGCGAACCCAAGUCUGCCACUGCGCCCCCUACCAAGCUAUUCACGACUUCAUUCGAAGAAGAUCUUGAGAACAACCCGGGCAACUACUUCUUGUCGCCACUCGAAAUGUACGAAGACUGGGACGACAGCGAUUCGGACGGGGAGGAAGUGGAGUGGAACGCAGGAAUCAUGGAUUUCGCUCUUUUCGAUGAAGACCGGCGGAAGGCGCAGAAGAACGAGCAGUCAUUACCCAGCAAGUGGAGUGGCAUGCUGGCGAACCAGGCGGAUGCGCUCAAGCGGUCGGUCCAGCGCAGCCGCAACGAGAGAGAAUCAGAAUUAGCAAAGACCUCGCCGCACACAUCAGACAAGGAGGUGCCUGGUCUGACUCCUGACGCCUCCCCGGACCUUCGCGAUGACUUGGACGUCGACUCAUUUCACGGCCAAACAGCAUUACAUCCUAAAAUACCUCACUAUUUGACUUUGACGGUCACGCCACCUGGAGAGGCGAAGGGCAAGGCAACUGAGGAACGCGAUGGGCUUCUACUUCCUAUGUACGAGAACGCACAGCAACGACCACGCAUCCAGGGAGAUCGCAAGCUUCAGCGUCCGGGCAUGCGGCAUACCAGGACUAUGUCGGGGAGGAGUCAUUCUUGGAGGCGGCCGGGCCGGGAGAUGUAUUCGGUCAGGGAGGAGGCGGAAGCGGAGGAGAAGGCUGAGGAGAGGAGUGAAGGGCGGCAGGAUGCGGGCAGAGGGCGGAGGUAA